AUGCAUGGAAUCAAAAAGAAUAAUCUCAGCAUCCGUCUUACAGAGUCUGCUGUCUUUCUGAGGACCGAUGAUGCAUCUGGAAGAAAUCCCAAUAGUGAUUCACGACCUUCCGUUUUGCGUGGUUUGCUCAUUCUUGAGCUGGCAAGACCGACCAAAAUAACCAGCAUUGACCUCAAACUCCAGGCCACCUCUUCUACAGCAUGGCCAGAAGGCUUUGGUUCCCGGAGAGUAGAUGUCACGGAGGACAACAAGGUUUUCUCCGUGUCUACUGUGUUAUUCAACGCCGGCCCGCCUCCCCGUCGGACCAUGUCUGUUGGCCCCGGCUUGACAGGCUACAAAGAUCAAGCCUUUGACGAAUAUGAUGACGAUUAUCUCGACCCUGCCAGCCAUUCCGAGGAUGCUCUUUAUAUGGCAGUCACCGCAAAUGCGAAUCGGUACCUAAGAGCCCAGCGUCGUGUUAGUGUCGAUAGUUCAUACCGACGAAAUCCACAAUCAUACGAUGCAGAUAUUCCUCCAUAUUCACUUUAUGCACCGUCGUCGUCGUCCGGCUCAUUAACUACACCUUCACAUUCAUCGCCUUCCGUGGAACGUCCGACAUUAAGUCCUGCUCACUCUGCAGGACAUCUUGAGACCGUGGAUGAAAACCCUGCCAAUACCUUGAUAGGUUUGCGAAACACACUGAGGCCUGACUUGAGUCGUGGCAGAGGAAGUCCUUCGCGUGCACUACCCCCUAAUCCACCCACCAUUCACUCUUCGUCGUCUAGUCUGCGUUCUUGGCAACCCAUCUCACGAGAUGGAUCGCGUUCUAGACGUGUGAGCAUUGACGAACCCUUCGAGUCCGGCCCUAGCACCACACAGAAUUCUCCUCAGUUAUCACCACUGCGAGUUCCCAGCUUAUUAGACACGCGCAGUCCAAGUGAAUCCCGUGGUCGGAGGAAGGUAUCUCGUUUCAGUCUUGCCUCAGUAUCCAAUGCCAUAAUGGAUGUCGUUCGAUCAACUUCACCCAGAAAGGGCUUUGGAGUUGGGAGUCGCUCGACGGAACGAGAUUUCCCUCUAGACGAGACUUCGUACAGAGGACGGACACGCGAGAAAGCAAAACCGUUGUUGACGGCUAACGAUAACAACGUUGAACGAUCGCAUUCAAGACAGAAGGGCUGGUCAACGGAACGGCUGACGCUCGGCCUACUUGGGGAUAUCUUAAAUCCAGACAUGGAUGAUAAGAUUGACACCGAGCGAUGGCGAGAAUUCAAAGCAGGUACAUAUACUUACCCAGUAUCAUUCACGAUACCCGGGAAUGCACCUCCCACUCUGCAAUGCAGUUUUGGUUCUGUGUCGUGGACCAUCUCCGCAAAUGUCCACCGCCCUGGGACAUUUAAGACCAAGCUGUCUGCUCAGCGCGAGAUCGUCGUUGUGUCCUGUCCGACCGAGGAGGACACAGAAGAUACCGAGAAUAUCAUCGUGGAGCGCCAUUGGGACCAGCAGUUGCAGUACCUUAUCACGAUAUCCGGCAGAAGUUUCUACAUUGGUGGCACGAUCCCUAUUUCUUUUACUAUGAUGCCUCUCACGAAGGUAAAAAUACACCGUUUGUCAGUGUUUAUCGAAGAGAAAGUGGAGUACCUUGUUCACUUCAAACGUGUUGCACGAACAGAACCGAUCACCCAUGUCCAGCUUCUUAGUAUAAAGCACGAAGGGAAGCACCCAGGUCCGAUCCUACCUUUGGAGUCGGAUGAUAUAGACGCUCUUAGGAAUUCGCCUCUGCACGCUGUAGUUAACUCUGAAGACGACAUUUCGGAGCUCGCAUCAAGCUGGAUGGGACCGGGACCAUGGACACUUCAGCGCGAUCUACCACUUCCUAGUUCUUGCCGCAUGCUUCACUUUACAAACAAAAACAAAAAGAGCAAUAUCUGUGUCACUCACACGCUGAAAUGUGUUAUUCGAGUAGAAACCGGCGACCCAAAUGCAGUUGAUCCCAAGACGGGGAGGAGGAAACUCUUCGAUAUCGUGGUGCAGACUCCAAUCAUGAUAUUAUCUUGUCGCUGCAAUCCGGAAUGGUCAUCUCUACCACAUUACUCGAAGUCUUUCGAGGAUCCGACUUCUAUCGCCGUCCAGUGUCCGUGUCAGCUCCAGUCUCUGGAACGGGUGCGGGGGAAGGAGAAAGAACGUGAGCGUGAGCAUCAUCCUCUGCCUGAUUUUGUAGGGCCGUUCAAUGGGCUGGAAAGAAUUGGCUCUGGUCGUUCUUCCGACGACUCUAGUGCAUCGCCGGUCGAGGCUAGUCCAUUAGACCCGAGCUCGAUGCGGUCGCUGCACCAGGUGGAGGAGGCGAUGGAUGAAAGUACUUUAUAUGAGCGGCUGGUUUCAGGACAGCAGAGUAUAAUGGGGGAGGCACCUCCCGCAUAUGAUAGUAUUUCUAGGCGGAUGACUGGACAAUUGUAUGAAUAG